UCGAUGAAGUUGUUUCAAAGAUGGCGGACUUCCUGCCGUCCCGCUCUGUUUUAUCUGUUUGUUUCCCAAACUGUCUCCUCACUAGCGGAGAGGCAGAGCAGCUGCGGAAAUCGAAAGAAAUAGAUAAGUGUCUUAUUCGAGAUAAGACGUACGUUAAAAGGCUAGUUAAAAUCCUCUUACUUGGAGCAGGCGAGAGCGGCAAGUCUACUUUCCUUAAACAGAUGCGCAUUAUCCAUGGGCAGGAUUUCGAUCAGAGGGCCAAAGAAGAAUUCAGAGCCACUAUUUAUAGCAAUGUUAUUAAAGGUAUUCGAGUCUUAGUGGAUGCUCGAGAGAAGCUUCACAUCCCAUGGGGAAACUUGUCCAAUCAGCGUCAUGGGGAUAUGUUGAUGGCGUUUGACACCCGGUCUAUGAUGGCCCACGGCCAUGGUAUGGUGCAGCCCAAAGUUUUUCAGCAUUACCUGCCAUCGAUCCGGGCCCUGUGGACUGACCAGGGAAUCCAGAAUGCCUAUGACCGCCGCAGAGAAUUCCAAUUGGGGGAGUCCGUCAGGUAUUUCCUGGACAAUUUGGAAAAACUCGGACAGUCGGACUACCUCCCCAGCCAGCAGGAUAUCCUCUUGGCCCGAAAGCCCACCAAGGGCAUCCACGAGUACGACUUUGAGAUUAAAAAUGUGCCUUUCAAAAUGGUGGAUGUAGGGGGUCAGCGUUCAGAGAGGCGGCGCUGGUUUGAAUGCUUCGACUCAGUCACUUCCAUCCUUUUCCUUGUGUCCUCUUCUGAAUAUGAUCAGGUUUUGAUGGAAGACCGGCAAACCAACCGACUGAGCGAGUCCCUCAACAUCUUCGAGACCAUCGUCAACAACCGAGUGUUCAUCAACGUCUCCAUCAUCUUGUUCCUGAACAAGACGGACCUGCUGGAGGAAAAGGUGAAACAGGUAUCCAUCAAAGACUACUUUGGCGAGUUCUCUGGCGACCCCAAAAGCCUGGCAGACGUCCAGGCCUUCUUGGUGGAAUGUUUUCGCAAAAAGCGGCGAGAGCACCAGCAGAAGCCUUUAUACCACCAUUUCACCACCGCGAUCAACACUGAGAACAUCCGCCUGGUCUUUCGCGACGUGAAGGACACCAUCCUGCAUGACAACCUCAAGCAGCUGAUGCUGCAGUGAGGGGAGGAGGAGGAGGAGAUACGGGUGUGCCACACUUAACAUGGACCACAUGAAGACAGACAGAUGCGGGGUUCUAAGGUGGCAUCUUCCUUACCCCGCCCGUUGGCCUUUAAGAGGAAACAGACAUUGUUCCCUCUUCACCAAUCUAGCCUCCUUUCUUGACGACACCCCCCCCCUUCUUUCUUAUAGACUGAAUCAAAGCCACCACUACUACCAACAUCCCCCCCUCCCCCCUUUUGCUUAUUCAUCAUAGUCACUCUGACUUGUACCAGUUGCCAUUCGCCAAUAUGUACCCUUCCAACCACUGUAAAUGACCUUGACCCCCCGUUCCCUCCUCCCGCCACCACCACCCAAUUGCCACUCUCCAAUGGAUCUCCUUACUCUCCUUAUUAGUCGUGCAAAUUGUCACACUGCUUCUUUUUUUCCUUUUUCUUUUUUUUUUUCUUCCGAUUGCUGCUUUGAGCACUGUUGAAAGGGUGUGUAGUGGGAGGGUCCUGUUUUGACUUGGUGUUGCCGUUAUGGCUGCCGAAGGGCAUCUUUCCCCCAGGUCUCGCUUUGCCUUUUCAAAAUCACAUUUUUUUUUUUUUUUAAUCUGCUCUCUGAUGGCACUUGCUUGCAUCACAGGGGCUGGCCUUAGGUUUUUGGGUGAACAGGAAAAGAUGAGGGCCUUAUGUACAGACACGUACUGUCAAUCUCAUCUGUAGCGUAGUUUCUAAUCGUGUAGUUCCUUUUCCUAACACCAAACAAAUUUUUAUGUACCUAUUCAUUUUUGGUUAACUUAUAUUUUAUAGGGUUUCUACUUUUUUGAUUUAUAACUGCUGUUGGGCUGUGUAUAAUCAAUGGAGUGGGGUGGAAUAAGGGAGGGCUGUUGAAACAGCACAGACACAACCACUUGUCAAACUGUCCAGUACAGCUUUUUUUUUUUUUUUUAAUUUCCUGAUUUGCUGUUUCUCAGGGCACUUUGUGAACCACUUAAUUCCGAUUUGAAGCCAACUGUCUCUUAUGUUCGGCCUUUGCAUUCACCCGUUCUGCAUCUGGCCACUUAAUAUGCACAUAUGACUUGGAAACAAGCAUGUCUCAUGUCUUGUGACGUUUUUUUUUUUUUUUUUUUAGGGACCAAUGACAUGGCUUUUAAGAACCAAGACCUUGUUUUUUUCUGGGCUGUCUAUAUAGUACAAAAGGUAAACAUGGCUUGAGGAAAAACUUGCUCGCUGCAGCUCUGGCUCAGUCGCAUCCCUUUGGGUCACGUGGGCUCUUGUUCCUUAAAUGAGCUCAAUUGUAGCUUUUCAACAUCUGUCUGACCUUUUCAAAAUGUCGGCCACGAUGUUAAACGAGAUGCGAGAUGAAAGCGACCCCUGCCAUGUUCUUCAACUGGAUGAAGAUGAAGUUUCCACAUGAGGUGUGAACAGCCAAGCCUAAAGUGUGCAGCUUUGUCAGUUUGAAAUAAAGUAGACCCUCCAAAGUCAAAUGCCUUCCAUUCGAAUUUGUUUAAAUGUUAAAAAUCUAAUCCGACUGAAUCUACCACUAUCAUAAAAUCUUUUAUCAAACGAUCCAUUUAUGCAACUUUGAACACAAUUUGAUUGAUUUUUGGAGGUCCAACUGCGACGAGUUAACCUUGUGAUCAAAACUAUGAAUGUGAUGUAGUGAAUAUAAGAUGCUUUAUUUUAAAUCUAGGGGUUAACCAGUCACUAAUGUCAAUUUGUGCUUCACUUUGAAUCUUGGGCGAAACAAAUCCAAUCCCCACGUGAAUGUUAUCAUCAAAAGAUGUUUGUGAAAAUACAAUGCACAAGACGCAGCUUGGAGCAUUGGAUUGUGUUGUAUUUGGUACUGAGAAUUAAGGUCAUAUAAUCUUGUGUGAAGAACUAAUUAUUUAAAAACGGAGUGAAAUUGCAGAGGUGCUGUCAUUGAUUGUUUUUUUUUUUUUGGGGGGGGGGGGGUGAUCAUUUUUCAUUUUAGCCCUUUUAAAUCUUGAUUCCCUUGCAUGCAUCCCAAGUUGGAAACCAAAGGCUGAAAGCCAGGAUGUGUGUUACCAAAUGAGCAGCUUAUCUGUCUGGUCAUGACCCCCCCCCCCCCCUUCUCUCGCUGCCAACAUUUCGAGAAGCCCAUACAAGCAAGCAUCCACGUUGUAAAUAUGUUUGGUCAUGUCUUAAAUAUUGGCACCUGAAGUUUAGUUUUGAGGUGCCAUCUGAUGAUGAUGAUGAUGAUGAUGAUGAUGGUGAGUCUUUAACAGUUCCGUUAGGAUUAAAGUGACGUCUUAUAUUUCAUUGUGAAUCGAGGUUCCGCUGUUUUACCGUUAAAUGUUGUCUCAUUCUGCGUCAGCGUCUGUUGUGUCAUCAUUCUCUCAUCUAAACGGUCGUAUUUCGGAAGAACGGCAAAUUAACAUGCAUGACAGCACACACCAUGAGAUAAGUAACACCGUUUAACAUUUGCAUCCACGCAUCAACAAACGUGGCUGCACAUCGUCCAGUAACUCCGCGUUACUUGUGAAAGAAUUUAUUGCAAGUUGUUAAUGUUUUUUUUUUGUUUUGUUUUAAUAAUUCAAUGAUCCAGUUUGGUCCUUUCCGUUUGUUCUCUUCAGCCGUUGUUGUUGACCAUGCACGUUAGCUGACGUACAAAAUGUUGUUUUCAACCGGAGCGCUUCCAUGAGGAUAUUAGAAGAGCCAAGCAAAUAGUUUGCUUGACGGUACAACUAGGCCCAGAAGACGCGAUGAAAAGAUUGGAGUCUUCAAAUUGCUUGGAAGCCAGAAAUAAAGUGGCAUUUGUGAGAAAAAUGCUAACACGUCUUAAAAGCUAGAUGUAUUGUAUGUAACGCUUGCUAGGACUGGCACUUUUUAUUGUCACUUGUGAUCGGAAUCUCAUCUUUGGGUCCAAUUUGGUAGGAUUUGAAGAUGUAAACAGAUUCAACCACGUUUACAUUUCUUGUAUAGGACAAUGAAGGAACUAUGAUAAAACUAGUUCAAUAAAAACUAGGAAAGGGCAUUUAAUUAGUUUUCCUUGACUGAUUUUGAGGAAAAUGAAGCAUAAACUAAUUGUAAAGCGGAAAAAAAAAGAUAGAGUAGCGUUCAUGUGCACGUGUGGGCCAUCAUAACCACGAUUUCCUUGGUAGCUGUCAGUUCAACGUUUUUUUCUCAACUGCUUCAAGGUGUAAGUCCGCCGUAUCCUGAAUGGGACUGCGUCUUUUCAAAACACGUUGGCACACAUUCAAGGGAUGAGGGCUCAUAUAAAAGUGCCAGGAAUCGUAUCCUUAGGUCUUCACGAGAUAGAUACAUUUUUCUGAUCGUUUCCGUUUUCUCUCCAUGGCAUUUCUCAUCUUGCCUGGCUAACUAACUUAUUGGGGACCAGAACCACAAGAUUCUUGACUGAUACAAGAUAUGCAUGGACGUUAAGUGUGCGUUAGUUAAAUCGCAUGGCUGUUUUGAUUCCAGACACCUAAAAGAAUGAAGUUCUGUUCAAUAGCAUCGAUACUGUAUAAUUAUGCCUGUCCUAAUACUGUAUAUGGCUGACCACUUCGUAGGCGUCGAGACAAGCACGGAAGAAACUUGUCGUUUCGCCAACACUUGACACAAAGGAUGACAUCAUACCAGAACAGGCCGACACGCUCAGACAGCAAUUGUUCAUGCGGAACAAACUUUAAGGGCUGGGCAUUUGACCGGGGGAAAACUAAUGCUAUUUUAUAUAUAUAAAAUGUUAUUUAAAAACCUGUUUUGAAGGCAUGGGAUUUAAGGCCUUACAACUUAAUUUAUGGACUAAAUAAACCAGGACGUGUUUCAUGAUAAAACCGCAUUCAUAAUAGCCACAUUCUGUUUGGCAUCCGUUUUCCCUUAACCAAUGUCUAAACAAGAACCGGCGGCGGUGCUAGGAGCAGCACAGUAUUUCGCUUGUGCUCAUGAGUGUAUGCUCUCAACUUGAAUCAUGGAUGAAAUCGGAAUUUUGAGAGGCGCAACGUGCUUUUCUUGAAGCACGCCGAGUCCUCGGGCGGCCUCGAACCAAACCCACCGCACGCACGUACGCAUAACCCCAUAAGACAUCGCUGGAAGCCAGAGAAGCAGUCUUGCCUUCCAACAUUCCUUAUUUCUCAUGGUGACUUGUGCCAAAUCUGUCUCGGAGUCUCACAUGUAAUUCCAGACUAAGUUGAACAUGCUGGUUUGUUUUGGUUUUUCAGCUCUUGUGAGAGCAAAGUGUAACAGUGUCAACAAAGAAAUGUAACUUGCCCAAAUACUCAUGUUUUGUGCCUCUUUUUGCUAAUUCAGAUUUUCACAAAGCUUUUGUAGUUUUUCUAAAAUGUUACACUGGCCGUCUGAUGUCCUCUUAUAUCAAAUAAUUGUAAUAGGCUUCUCCUGUGAUGUUUUUUUUUUUCAUAAAGCUUUCAUUGUACAGUCUAACUUAUGCUGUCUCACCACUUUGCUCCUCAAUAAAUCCAAUUGUUUUUUGUUUUUUUU